AUGCUUCGCAAACUCCGACCCCUAGAGAAGAAGCUUUCAACUGCCUUCAGCCUCAAGUCUAAGAAAAGUCAGCAUUCCAUCACAUCUGCUAAAUCUGGCCACUCGCGUCAAGGGGAUAAUCAACAGCCGGGAGCAGUGAUACCCGAUGGCGCGUCGACUCGAGAGCCCCCGCUUGGCACCCGGGAUGAUUCUUCUUACCACGGCCAUGAGUCUGGAAAAAGAUUUCAGCAAAAUGCACCAUGUGAGCAUCCGAAUGAAGUUUCCAAAGACUCCCUGGCUUCUCGAUACCGCCGUGCGGUAAAUGACAGUGUUCCGGAAACAUUGAAUGUUACGGGGGCCGCCGAAGAACAAGAACCCUUGAACGCCGUGGAUACGGGAUCCUCAUCCUCAGGCGAUGAGUCGCAUUUCGACUGGAAUCAAACCGACGAAUCAGAACUUGACGAAUCCGAACGGCAGGAGCGAGACGAGCGAAAGCGGCGCGAGGUACAAGGGCAAGAAGAGCAUGAACAUACCAUCCGUCAUGCCAAGCGCCUUAGGAGAUUUUAUCUCUUCUUGAUGAAACUUUCAGCGCCAGUCAGGACUACGAUUAUAGGUUUCUUGGGGGCUAGCACUGCCAUGACGCCAGCGAUCCUUGUGUGGUUAAGGUUUACUGAUCUAUCUGCUAGAAACCAUGUUCUAGCAUGGUCCAUAUGGCUUAGUAUUAGCUUUGCUGCCUCAUGUGCAACAUCGAUAAUUGUCGAUGUCCUGCCUUCGAUUGCGAUGAAACUUUUUGACCUGCUUUAUGGCUCAAAGCCCGAAUCGUUAAAGACUCAAGCUGAAUUGUGGAUCAAUGUCAGGUUUUAUACCAAGUUGGCUUUGGGCCUGGCGUCGUAUUGGGUGACUUUGUCCGUAAUGUUUUCUCACGUCUUCCACCUUCGUGAAGACUCGCAUUUACAUUAUUUCGGUUGGGUGAAGAAGGCUACCGCGGGGUUGUUUACAGCAGGAGUAGUGUUGCUCUGUGAAAAAGUUUUACUACAAGUGAUCCAAUUGAAUUUUCAUCGAACUAGCUUGAAAGCUAGGCUCGAGGAAAAUGAACAAGCCCUUUGGGCUUUGGACCAAUUGGCGGCUGCAAAAGGGAUCUCACAUUCUCCCAAGAAGCGAAACUCGAAGUUUCUAAGUAAUUGGUCUUAUGAUCGCAUGAAGAGUGGAAGGUGGUCUUCUCCGACCAAAGGUUCCACAAUAGUUGAUGUUCCGAGUACGCCGAUAGGAUCUAGAACGGUUUUUUCGGGAGAAAAGCGGACUCCUGAGAAGAGAAACCCAGGUGGUAUGACAUGCCUCGAACCGGGCAAUGAACUUGGAUUGAUAAGACCGCAACAGAAGAGACGCAGAUCUUCCAAUCUUCUGAUGUUCGCCGACCACGUUACCACAGCGCUCAAUUCAGCUCUCAAAAAUGGAAACGGACCCACAGGUGGCACGGUGUCAACCCACUCCGCCAAAAAGCUAGCCAAAAAACUGUUUGAAGGUCUAGACGAGGACAGGGGAGGUGUGAUCACGCGGAACGAAUUCGAGCCAUUCUUCAAAACCGCCAGUGAUGCUACAAGGGCAUUCAAACUAUUUGAUAAAGAUGGCAAUGGUGACAUCGAUCGCAAGGAGAUGCGCAACGCCGUUGUCAGAAUCUACAAGGAGAGAAGGGCUUUGGCGAUUGGAUUGAAGGAUAUGUCUUCCGCAGUUUCUAAAUUGGAUGUGGUUUUGAUUUCAUUGGCCUGUCUUCUCACGAUUUUCAUAUGGUUCUUCAUCUUCAACCCCCAAGGAACAUCUGCUCAGUUGGUACCGAUGGCCACAAUUAUUCUAGGAUUCUCCUUCAUAUUUGGUAACGCGGCAAAGAAUCUUUUCGAGAGUAUGCUUUUUAUUUUCAGCAUACAUCCAUAUGACGUUGGGGACCUUGUUUUCAUAGAUAAUACUCAUAUGUAUGUGAUGGAGUUCGGGCUUUUUUCAACAACUUUUCAGAGAGUGGACGGACAGGUCGUUGUGGCUCCUAACUCGCUUCUCAUUGGAAAAAAGCACAUCAUCAAUAUUCGUCGAAGUGGCCCGAUGUGGGAAACGACCGAAGUCAUGGUCGGCUUUGACACUCCUUUAGAGGUGCUGCACGAAUUUCGGGCAAAGUUGAGGCAAUAUGUAAUCGAUAACCCUCGAGAGUGGAAGGGAGGGCUGGAUGUCAACAUUGAUUUUAUCAAUAAUCAAAAUCUGAUUCAACUCAUUGUUGCGAUGGAGCAUAAAACGAAUUGGCAGGAUUGGGGUGCUCGAUGGAAUCGUCGUACCUUUAUCAUGAAGGAAAUGAAGCGGAUCAUGAAUAGCUUGAACAUAUCCUAUAAGCUACCACCACAACCUAUAUCAUUACUCCCGCAACGACCUGGGCUUCGCCAGGUUUCGUCGAAGCUUGAAAACAGUUCGAUUCAAUCUCACUACCCGAGAGCUGGAGCUCGCUCACUUUCCUCCAGCCUCGCAACCACCAAUCGCUCAGGAAACCCCUCGCGCCCCAUGCAAAGCGAUCAUUCUUUACCUUCAUUGCAACUUCCAAGGGCACUGUAG